UGGAUUCCGAUUCCGAAUCGGAUUCGGGUUGGGCUGGGACUAACAAGUGAACACCGGCGAACGGCUCACCAUUCGCUGCCAGACGUGCGGAGUUGAAGCAACAACAAAUAAGAGUGGUCCCUGGGCAAAGAUUUAGGAAUCCCUAGAUAGAAAAACACAAUAACAACAAGCCCACCAUGGGAGGCUGUUGCUCAAAGGACCUGGACGAUAAGCGCUCUUGGAGCCCCGAGGAGACCAAGAAUGGCAGCACCACUUCCACCAUUAUUGCCCAGCCCCUGGACGAGGUGGGCAGCACUGGGGUCUUUACACUGACACGCACCACAACGACCAGCACGCAUCAGGAGAAGACGGUGACCACCACCAACCAUGAUGAGCCGGAAGAGUAGUAGUCGUGGGCGUACUAGUCGUAGUAGCUAGGAGAUGAGCUGCCAAAAAUAUUUAACUUAAGAAACUGCUCCUUAAUUUCAAUCUGUAUUUUUUUUUAACACAUUUUUUUUUUUGUUGUUGUUGAAACAAUUCCAACAGUGGUGUGUGUGUGUGGUGUGUUGUGUUACGUGUGCGUGCGAAAGUGUGUUGUGAAUUAUAAAAACAAUGUGAGUACAACGAAUAUAUAAUAUAUAUAUUUAUAUAUAUACAAAUCAAGUUAAGCUGUUAUCGAGUAAUAAUUAUUAAUUGUUAUGCGCCUGAAUUCCAAUUUCGUAAUAAAUUGUGGAAACGAUAAAUCUCAAGAAACUUGGUUUCCCAGCAACCCAGCAAUCCCCAGCAUCGGGUUCCCAGUAUUCUCAAGCUCUAGCUAAUCAAUUGCAGUCGAUUGUGUUCAAUAGUUUCCCUUCUUCACGGAUCGGUUAAUAUAUACACUCUAUAUGCAAAGUACAGAGAAUUACGCCUAGAGUUCAAAGACAAAAUGAAUUCAAGAGUUUGCUCUACACAUUGUUUUUUUUUUGUUUUUUUGGGCGAAUUGCUAUAUGAGUGUAUAUUUUUCUGAUUCAUCCA